AUGCCCGCCGUGAUGGACGAUCCAGGCGGCCCCACUCUCUACCGGGUCUCCGGCCAGCCUCCGUUCCCGGACCCGAGCAGCCCCGGACUGCCCCCGGACAUCGUCCCCCGCCAAGUCACACUGCGCGAUCGUCAGACGGUUGCGACGAUUGUGCCCUUUGCAUCGCGGCACCAGCUCCCGGCCUCGCUGCUCGCGUACUUGUGCGACCAGCUGAACCGCGAGAUCGACGGAGGCGAUACCUAUCCGAUGAUGGAGGCCUUCACGGUCGACGGCUUCGCAGACUAUUGGUUCCAGACGUUUGGCGCCGUCAUGCUGAUGGGCAACAUCGACAGCACGCAAGACGUCGUGGACGGCAAGGACUGGGCCAAGGAGUGCCUGGGAAGCUUCUUCAUCAAGCCCAACUACCCCGGCCGCAGCAGCCACAUAUGCAACGCCAGCUUCAUCACGACCGACGCCUCACGUAACCGUGGCGUAGGACGGCUCAUGGGCGAGGCGUACAUCGACUGGGCCCCGAGGCUGGGCUACACCUACAGCGUCUUCAACCUCGUCUACGAGACCAACGUGGCGUCGUGCCGGAUCUGGGACGCCCUCGGCUUCAAACGCAUCGGCCGCAUCAAAGCCUGCGGCAACCUCCGGAGCCACCCGGACCGGCUCAUCGACGCCAUCAUCUACGGCCGGGACCUGGCGCCGGGGGAGAGCGAAGAGCUCGUCAGCGAGGAGCGCUUCGACAAGAUACGGUUCUACCUCAAGUACGGCAAGUACCCGAGCGGCGCGGACCGCGCCGAGAAGAGCAGGCUGCGCAGCGCGGCGACGCACUACAAGCUCCUCGAGGGCGACAAGCUCAUGCUCAAGGACAAGGAGGUCAUUUCCGACCCGGGCCGCCAGUACGAGAUUGCCCGGAACGUCCACGCCAUCCACCACGGCGGCAUCAACAAGACCACCGCCACCAUAGCCGACAAGUUCCACUGGAGCCGCAUCAAGGAGACGGAAGGCCGCGAGCGCCGGCACGCCCGCGAGCUCAGCAGCGACGCCCUCGGCCAGCAGGCCCGCGCCGGCGGCCUCAUGGGCUCGCUGUCCCGGCCCGACGCGGCGUCCGGCCAGGCCGCCUACGCCAACCCCAGCGAUAUAUCGGUCCUCCCGCCGGCGCGGCACCAUUCUCACGCCCACCACGACCACGCUCGACAUGCCCCCCACCAGGGCCACCACGGGCACCAUCAUCACAACCCCAUGCUCCAGGACCAGCCUGCUUGCCACGACACGUACCAGCCCAUCGACCCCCAAAUCAUCGACCACCACGGCCAUCAGCAUGCCCCGUCGGCGCAGGACGACAUGCCCUUUGACCAGUACCACCCUCACGCCGACUUUCAGGCGCUCCUCAAUGCGACCGAGGACGUGGGCCCGGGGCAGGACGCCGACGCGGACACCGCGGCCGUGGAUAGGGAUCUAGAAAUGCUGAUUGAGCACGAGCACGUGGACGGCAACGAGGGCCCUAUGGAGUGUCUAGACGAAGGGAGGAGGACGGAGCAUCGGGACAGCCUUUACGAUGUUGGCUUCGACGGCGGCUAG